UGCACAGAGUUUCGUAAGGAAAAUUUCGGGGAACACCUCAAAUACUGUGACGAUGCCUUUAAAUUAACUUCGGGGGCGAGGGAGUUCAAGUCUAUAUGCAAAAUGAUUCCAGAGGAACCCGUGACUGGUUUGAGCACCGAAAGGAUGUCCUGGUUUGGAUGGCAUUGCUCGAAAUGUGGAAAGCUGACUCGUCGCACGCAUUGGCUAUAUUGGGACUGUUCCGGAUGUGGUGAUAAACAACAAGCAAAUCAUCGCAUCAGAUCCCCAGCGGAGUUUACCAAUUUGAGGGUAGAACUACGAAACUUUCCUUUGUUCCAGUACCAGAUGCAGGAGAUAUCUGGUUACCAGAUUGAAACAUGGAUAUUGUCGGAGAACCCAAGCUGCAUCCUUCAUCGUUUGAGAUGUCCAGAGCCAUCUCCCGCAGACACAAUUUUUGAGGCUUAUCAAAAGAAUAAUCAAGUCGCUGAGCUUUUCAUCCGACGCGAGCUAAGGUCACAGACAGCUCAAGUAAGUUCAGUAAGAAUUCACAACACUACCACAUCCUCAUGAAUGUGAAUACAGCGCCAAGGGGCUAUUAACCGCCAUUUUGCUUUCAAUGGUCUGAACCUUUCCUCCUUGUGAGACUUUCAAAACUCAUCAAUUUGCGCAUAGUCGGACAGCCGUACAAGGUCCGUCACUGGGGUACUCUCAGGGUGUGUCGA